UAGUGGACGGCGCGAGCAGUAAACAGUUAACUUGCAUACUGUGCGGUGUGGAGUGACAGCCUGUCGUGAUGCACACGCUGAUUGCGGUCCUCGUGGCCGCGGCUGCGGCGUGCGCCAUACCUCGCCCUCCUGAGCCAACACCAGCGCCGGCUGCACUGGUGGCACCGUCGGAGCCGAAGGUGCAGCACGGCCCAUCUCAUGACACCUACCUGGGCGACUACAUGUUGCCUAAAAUCCUGCUGCCACACUACGCGGCUUAUGACGAUGGUCCCCGAGCAUUGCAAUCUGCCCCGGAUAACGAUUGGCUGAACAAGGAAAUCGACCGCAUUAGCCAAAUGGAGUCAGAGGAAGACUCUUUGAGCCCGUACGACGUGGAGCUCGCGCGGUGGUACGCCCAGGGUUCAUACAUUCAGCAUAUAUACGAAAACCAAGUACGUGAACCAUUCUACAAUUCUGAAGCAAUGAGAUCAAGUUACGAAGAGAUGAGACCUCUGGUGCUGGUUGCCGAGCCGUUACUGCCAAUGGAAUACGAGCAGGAGAAGAAAAGGAAACCGUUCGACCUGACUCCCAAUGACUAUGCAAUUGAACAACGUAAACAAUUUGCGUUGACACCAUUGGAUAAAGAAUAUUACCAACCAAAUGAGAAUCAGGUUCAAGAACCUAUAGCCAAUCAAGAGGAAAUUGUGGGUAGUCAUGAAGGUGAACUCAGAGCAGCCAUGAUGAUGGAGCCGCCGCGUCAGACGCGCCAGAACCCUAACCUCAGCAAACAGAAACAUCUGCUAGAACCGGAUCUCGAAAAACUAAAGACUGGACUGGCAAAUAAGGAGUACCGAUUGCCGGUCUCGUUACUACCCUCAAACCUGCGCUGGUUGAAAGUUAACCACCCUAUCGACAAUGUUGACGAAGAGAGUUCGCACGAGGACGGGGAGCUAUCGAAGCAGCACCACGUCCACGUGUUAGAGUCAGCGGACCCUGCCGAAUCUAUCUACGGGGUAGCCCUCAUCGCAGCCGUGGGGGCCGCACUGGCCAUGGCUAUCGUCGGGUUCGCCUUUGGAUGGUAUACUCUAUCGAAGAAAGCGAAAGCGGCAGCCGACGUCGACUACCCGGCGUAUGGGGUGACCGGGCCCACCAUGGACAGCUCUGGCGACCGCAAGCUGGCCCACUCUGCCCACAUGUACCACUAUCAACACCAGAAGCAGCAAAUCAUUGCUAUGGAAAGGAACGGCAUGGAUCAGCGCGCUGGCUCCGUAUCAGACCCUGAGUCGGAAGAGGAGAACGAGGAGGGCGACUACACCGUCUAUGAAUGUCCAGGCUUCGCAACCACUGGCGAUAUGGAAGUGAAGAACCCGCUGUUCACCGAGGACCCGACCCCGGCUUCUCCAGGCAAGUGUGAGGUGGUGAAGCCACAGCCCAAGGACUAAAGCCCCCAGCCGACGCCGCGUGCCCUUCUUGCCUAAAGAACAACCUUUCGUCCUCUUCAAAAUUAUCUCUUUCCUCUUCCCCGUUCUGAAUACUGGCUGUAGACCACGACAUGAUUUCCAAUGCACUAGCGGUGACUUGGUUUGAGGGUGACACCUAGUCCUCAUUGGCUCGACAAUUCUUUCCACACAUCUAAUUAUUAAAUGAGGAGUGUGUUCUAAAUUACUUCAGUGACUAUCACAAAAGGUGCUUGAGUAUUAAGUAGGUACUUAUUGCUACGUUAUUGGACUGAACAUCUAGGGAAUUGUCAUCGUCGUGAGGAUCAGUCAUGAGUGCGUUGUAGGAUUAGGUACUUUGCGUUGAACAUCUGAUCAUCUCCUGAAUUCUUUGAGAGAGUAUUAUAGGCUACAUAAAAUCUGUCCUGAUCAGCACGAGCGCCACGGAUUCCGCGCCGAGAAACGAAAAGCGAGUGCUUUGCUGUGCUGUCAUAUCUAGAUAAACGUCUUAUGGAUAUUUGGUCGAAGCCCCGAUAUAAAGCGCGCCGCGCGUGCCACGGACCCGUGGCGCGGGCGCAUUUCACCAUCUACGUAAAUACUGGGACUGCGAGCGUGAUGGAACUGCUUCUGGGGUUAGGGUAGCUUAUAUUUAUGAACGGAUAUGUGAUGCAGUUAUAUAAUUUCUGAAUUUGAUUUGUAUAAUCAUAAUGACUAUAAUCUCUAUUAAUGUCGUUACUAUUUUAAAUAUUUAACUAUUGUUGUUGAAUAUUCUGGUCAUUCGUUUUAUUUUUAUUGGGUUUAUUAGUUACUCAUUGAUUUAGUUGUUCUCUAAAAUCGGAUUUCAGCUUGCUGUGCAUUAAGGUACUCGAACAAUUUUACUUUAAGUAUAUUUAGUUGUCUCGGCCUAAUACCUAGACAUGUUUUUAAAACCCGAAAACACGUACGAAAAAUGGAUUCAUUGAAUUCGAUCUACUUACCUACACAACUUCACAAAACAUAAAAUUAUUAUUUAUAAUCUAAGUACAUAUCUUCUACAUAUUUUAUCAGUGUAUACUAAACUAUAUAGCUAUUCUAACGCGUACCAUUUUCACGUUACGAUCAAUAUUUAUUUUCUCCUGCAAGUUCGUCUUUCAUUAUAUGGGUAUAAUAGAGACACUUUAUUAAUCGUACACUAAAUACAAUAGUUAUAAGAAAGAAUAUAUGUUUAGCAACUUGGCUAGCCUUGUCCCUAACAAUGGUUUUGAAAACUCGUAAGCUUAUAUACUUAAUACUUAAUUGUAUUUACCAUCCAAACAAUGUGAUAAAUGAAAAAAGAGAGAGUGCGAACAUCAAUAUUGUAACAUAAUGUAAUUAUAAUAUAUAUCAAAAUUUAGGUGAGGAUAGGGACAAUGCUCAGCUAAAUAAAUGUUAUAGACAAGCAUAUAAUCCUGUAUUAGAAAUAUAAGAACAAUCGAAUUUCUUCACGAGUUUUUGAUCAAAUAAAAUUUUAUUAAUGUUUAAGGCGCAUAUAUAUUCAGUCAACUGCGAUAAAAUAUAUUAUUAUAUUUACGAUGCCCUAUUAUCAGUGGCACACCUCUGAAAUGCUCGGAAAGAUUACUUAAUUAUUGUAACCUAGUUUAUGUAACUAUACCUAUAUAUACACCCUAUAUAUAUUUAUAAAUUAUAAUUGUUCGGGUGUAACCCGACCGUAAUUAUUUUUCGAAUGAUUUAUCAUCUAAGGUUUAUCUUUAUACUAUUCUAAUGAUUCUAAGUUACGUACGUAUCCCCUGUCAAUUGAAGUGGACUGAAUGUCUCUCACCGUGCCAUUACAUUUGCCAUAAUUCUGCCUUAAUAUAUUUAUAUUUACACAAUUCAGGCAGCCUUCAAACUAAAUUUGUCGCUUUCUAUUUAAAUUAUACCUAUACUUACUUAUUAGUUAAUUUAUUUACAAUAAGUGAUACAUUAGUAGUGGUGCAACAAAUACCUGAAUAUUACGUUCAGCGAAUAUCGCCCAACAUUUUGUAGACUUUUUUACAACAACGUACUGGUGCGCACAAAACUAAAGUAUACGUACCUCUCAUCACAUAGCUAGCAAAUACAUAGUAACUCUACUCUUAAAUCCUCCAAUAGAUAUCAACGAAGUGCCUGCCGACGUCUGGUGAUCAAAAUUAUUUACAAAAGAUAUAAUUAAAUGACUGAAGUAGUUUUAUUGUCUUCUAAUAAGAAUGUGCCAUUACGCAUACUUUUACAUGUUAGGCGUAAGAUAUGCAGAAAAGACGUAAGGACAGGACGCGUCGGAGAUAGACGCAGCGAGUGAUAUCUUCGUCGAUAAACGUCGUCCGGCUAUUGGUCGAUGCUCUAAGUGUGCGGUCACGAGUACUAAUAUAUACAGAAACCAAGUCACAUUAACUGUUUUGAUAAAUUAAACCGCAAGUCUCAUUAAAUGUAAAAUAUGAUAGUGCGACAGGGUUCUAAAGUGGGUAAGUACAUGAUAUUGCUCAUGACUGUACAUUGCUCACAACCGCCGCGUCGGACCUGAAAAUACCGUACAAUGUAACAGAGCGAGCCUUUACCAGGCUAUACAAGUCCACGACUAUACGAAGAGUAGGUAUUCCCAAUAUUAAAACCAAUACCUAAGUAUUCGUUGCAUCACUACUUUUAUAAUUCAAUUUUAGAGAUAUAUGUUCAUCCUUUAUGUAUUUAAAAAAAUAGAUAAGACUAAUUAUAAGCAUUAUGAAUGCGUUUCUGCAAAGUAUACUUGAAUUAUAUUAAACAUUGUGUCGUAUAUAUAAAAAGAAAAUUGUAACGGAUGCGUCAUUAGCAGACUCCGGCAAUCCAGGCAUAUUUGCCGAUCAAUUUUCGGUCAAAAAUGAAC